ACGCUGUUCCUGCUUUGUCCCUGCCCGGCCAGCGGCGGGCGAGCCGCGCGUGCCUGGAGCGCCGCUGCGGGUCCGUGGGCCGCGGCUCCCUUUUGGAGCGUUGAGCACAAUGGAUUGGUUCUGUUUUUAGCAACAAAUAACAACAGCCUAGGGUGAAAUCUCUUGCUAGUGGGAGAAGUCUGGUUGCUCGUCACUUUGGCAGACGUGAAGCAGCGAUUAAUUUGCAGCUGGCGCAGGCAGUUCCUCUUCCUCUUCCUGGAACGGGCGGGGGUUUGGGGCGCUUUGGGGUGCUUUGACCUCGAUAGGCAGUGCUCUCGCUGCGUGAGCCGCCCCUGCCGUCAGCAGCAGCGCUUCUGUUGGGGGCUUUUGUGGCUGCUGUGCAGAGAGCUGCCGUGGUUUUACUGCCACGAGAUUUCAAAGUCACUGCGACUAGCAGAUCCUGCUGCACGGCGGCGUGCGGUUAGGUUGUUCCCCGAAGUUGCUUAAUUACGGUGACGGAUGUGCCCCCGGUUGAUUGCACCGGGCAGGAGGGAUGAGUCCAACGUGGAUGUAACCCGAGGGUGAAGCUGACAGAACACGUAACAAAACUCUGGUCAAGUUCUUGGUGCCGCUGUAACUUCAGUUUCUCUUGGCAGUCUCUGAGGAGGGCAGUGCUGAAACAAAACCUCGUCUGAAAACGAAGAGGCCCUAUGAGAAGAAGGGAAAGCUAAGGAUGCUGGAGCAGAACAAUGGAUUUCUCUUUCUCUUUCAUGCAAGGGAUCAUGGGAAACACAAUUCAGCAGCCACCUCAGCUCAUUGACUCAGCCAACAUCCGCCAGGAGGAUGCCUUUGAUGCCAGCAGUGACAUUGCUGAAGACGGCGGGCAGACGCCGUACGACAGCGCCCUGCAGCAAGGCUUCCCGUACCCGACGCCCACGGCGGAGGAGCUCCCGCCCCUCACGAACGGCUAUCCCCCCGCGAUCAACGUGUACGAGCCUCAAGCCAAGUACCAGGCGUACAGCCAGUAUCCCAAUGGCUCAGCCAACGGCUUCGGUACAGUCAGAAACUUUAGUCCCCCGGAGUACUACCAAACGGAAAACUCUAACGCGAGGCCGCAUGAAGUUCUGGAAAAACCUCCCCCUCCCCAGCCGCCACCUCCGCCGCCACCUUCAGUUUCACAGACGGGGAUUCCAAAGAAGACUGGCUCACCAGAGAUCAAACUGAAAAUAACCAAAACUAUCCAGAACGGCAGGGAAUUGUUUGAGUCCUCUCUUUGUGGGGACCUUUUAAAUGAAGUACAAGCGAGUGAGUAUGCUAAGGCGAAACAUGAAGGGAGAAAAGAGAAAAGGAAAAAAAGUAGCAAGCAUGACUCUUCCCGGUCGGAAGAGCGCAAGUCGCACAAAAUUCCAAAACUAGAACCAGAGGAACAAAAUAGACCAAAUGAGAGGCUUAGCAUGCUAUCAGACAGACCAAGAGAAGAUGCGCUGUUGGAGGAAACCCCGGUCCAGCAGUUCUUGCCUUCUCUUCCAACACAAGUCGCCCAUGACAUCAAGUUUCAGGUUGGCGAUCUGGUUUGGUCCAAGGUGGGAACGUACCCAUGGUGGCCUUGCAUGGUCUCAUGUGAUCCACAGCUUGAUGUUCAUACCAAAAUUAACACAAGAGGUGCCCGUGAAUACCAUGUUCAGUUUUUUAGCAACCAGCCGGAGCGGGCGUGGGUGCACGAGAAGAGGGUUCGAGAGUACAAAGGACACAAACAGUAUGAGCAGUUAUUGGCAGAGGCUGCUAAGCAAGCCAGCAACCACUCUGAGAAACAGAAGAUUCGCAAACCAAGGCCGCAAAGAGAGCGUGCUCAGUGGGAUAUUGGUAUUGCCCAUGCUGAGAAAGCGUUGAAAAUGACUCGGGAAGAAAGGAUAGAACAAUACACCUUCAUUUAUAUAGACAAAGAGCCAGAGGAGGUUUUGUCAAAAGGCAAAAAGACUGCUGCUUCUAAGUCAGAGACCAAGAAGAACCGACGUCCAAAGCCAGCACUGAACACCCAGCCAGAGCAUGCCAACGUGGUAGCAGCAUCGCCUUCCAGUGCGGAGUUGCGAAGACAAAGCCAGCGGAGGCAGUCAAGUGUGGAAGAGGAGGAGCCACCUCCUGUGAAAAUUGCAUGGAAAACUGCUGCAGCUAGAAAAUCCUUACCAGCUUCAAUAACCAUGCACAACUUGGAUCUUCAAAAAUGUAACAUGUCUCCAGUUGUUAAAAUUGAACAGGUUUUUGCUCUUCAGAAUGCUGCUGGGGAUGGAAAACUCAUUGAUCAAUUUGUUUAUUCUACUAAGGGAGUUGGUAACAAAACGGAAAUAAGCGUCAAAGGACAAGAAAAACUUAAUUCUUCAUCAAAUCAGAGAAACGAAAAAGCAACAGUGCAAAAUGCGUCCUCUCCUGAAACAACUCCUGGGUCAACAGGUUCUUUAGAAAAGAAGCAACAGAGAAGAUCGAUUCGAACCCGCUCAGAGUCUGAGAAAUCCACUGAAGUUGUGCCAAAGAAGAAGAUCAAAAAGGAGCAGGUUGAAAUGGUUCCACUGACAGCAGUGAAGACAGGACUGCAGAAAGGUGCCAGCGAGAUUUCAGAUUCUUGUAAACCUUUAAAGAAGAGGAGUCGUGCCUCAACUGAUGUAGAACUGACUAGCUCAGCUUACAGAGAUACAUCUGACUCUGAUUCAAGAGGACUUAAUGAUUUACAGGGUAGUUUUGGAAAACGUUCAGACAGCCCAUCAGCUACUGCCGAUGCUGAUGCUUCUGAUGUGCAGUCAGUAGACUCUAGCUUAUCCAGGAGAGGAACUGGAACAAAUAAAAAAGACACUGUUUGUCAGAUCUGCGAAAGCUCUGGCGAGUCUCUGGUGUCCUGCGAGGGUGAGUGCUGCAGCGUCUUUCAUAUGGAGUGUCUGGGCCUGAAGUCGAUGCCAGAUGAGAAGUUUUUCUGCACGGAGUGUAAAAAUGGAGAACAUACGUGCUUCUCAUGCAAACUUCCUGGCAAAGAUGUGAAGCGCUGUUCAGUCAACGCAUGUGGUAAAUUUUACCACGAGGCCUGUGUUCGCAAGUUUGCCACUGCUCUCUUUGAGUCGCGAGGAUUUCGUUGCCCGCAGCAUUGCUGUACGGCCUGCUCAGUGGAUAAGGAUAUCCAUAAAGCAAGCAAAGGUCGCAUGGUGAGAUGUUUCAGAUGUCCCAUUGCCUAUCACUCAGGAGAUGGCUGUAUUGCUGCAGGAAGCUUGUUUGUGUCAUCCCACAUUCUCAUCUGUAGUAACCAUUCCAAAAGGAAUCACUCCUCAUCAGCUGUAAAUGUAGGCUUUUGUUUCGUUUGUGCAAGAGGGUUGGUAGUGCAGGAUCAUUCAGACCCCCUGUUCAGUUCAUAUGCCUAUAAGUCCCACUACCUACUGAAUGAAUCAAAUCGUGCUGAGUUGAUGAAAUUACCUAUGAUUCCUCCUCCUUCGUCAGCUUCCAAAAAGAAAUGUGAGAAAGGUGGAAAACUGUUGUGCUGUGAAUCGUGCCCAGCUUCCUUUCACCCUGAGUGUCUCAACAUAGAAAUGCCUGAAGGAUGCUGGAAUUGCAAUGACUGUAAAGCUGGCAAGAAGCUACGUUACAAGCAGAUUGUUUGGGUCAAGCUUGGAAAUUACAGGUGGUGGCCAGCAGAGAUCUGCAAUCCCAGGUCUGUGCCUCUCAACAUACAGGGCCUCAAACAUGAUAUCGGGGACUUCCCAGUAUUUUUCUUUGGUUCACAUGACUACUAUUGGGUACACCAGGGCAGAGUUUUCCCUUAUGUUGAAGGAGAUAAAAGCUUUGCUGAGGGGCAAACUAGUAUUAACAAGACCUUCAAGAAAGCACUUGAAGAAGCGGCAAAGCGCUUCCAGGAGCUGAAAGCACAAAGAGAAAGUAAAGAAGCAUUAGAAAUUGAAAGGAAUUCCAGGAAACCUCCACCUUAUAAACACAUUAAAUCCAACAAGGUGAUAGGGAAGGUUCAGAUUCAGGUAGCUGAUCUGUCAGAAAUCCCUCGCUGUAACUGCAAGCCAUCUGAUGAGAACCCCUGUGGCCUAGAGUCAGAGUGUCUGAACAGGAUGCUCCAGUAUGAGUGCCACCCCCAGGUGUGCCCAGCGGGAGAGCGAUGUCAGAACCAGUGCUUCACCAAAAGACUCUACCCUGAUGCUGAAAUCAUAAAAACGGAUCGACGUGGGUGGGGUCUCAGGACAAAACGGAACAUUAAAAAGGGUGAAUUUGUGAACGAAUAUGUUGGCGAGCUAAUUGACGAAGAAGAGUGCAGAUUGCGGAUUAAACGUGCUCAUGAAAACAGCGUGACCAAUUUUUAUAUGUUAACUGUUACAAAGGAUCGGAUAAUAGAUGCUGGCCCAAAGGGGAAUUAUUCUCGCUUUAUGAACCAUAGUUGUAAUCCAAACUGUGAAACACAGAAAUGGACGGUGAAUGGUGACAUUAGAGUUGGACUAUUUGCUCUUUGUGAUAUUCCUGCAGGAAUGGAGUUAACAUUCAAUUAUAAUUUGGAUUGCCUUGGCAAUGGUAGGACCGAAUGUCAUUGUGGAGCAGAAAACUGCAGUGGUUUCCUAGGAGUGCGUCCAAAGACAGCAUUUGCAACAGCAAAUGAAGAGAAGGUGAAGAAUGCAAAAUUAAAGCAGAAGAAACGGAAAAUAAAAACAGAACAGAAGCAGAUGCAUGAAGACAACUGCUUCCAGUGUGGAGACGGGGGAGAACUGGUUAUGUGUGAUAAAAAGGACUGUCCCAAAGCAUACCACCUCCUAUGCCUUAACCUGACUCAACCACCUUUUGGAAAGUGGGAAUGUCCGUGGCAUCAGUGUGACAUCUGUAGCAAUCCUGCAGUUUCAUUCUGUGAGUUUUGCCCUCAUUCAUUCUGUAAAGAUCAUGAGAAGGGAGCCUUGGUGGCAUCAGCUUUGGAUGGCCGUCUCUGCUGCUCCACACAUGACCCCAAAUCUCCUGUGGCACCUGAGUACUGGAACAAGAUAAAAUGCAAAUUGGAACUUCAGAAUCCUGUAGAAGAAGCAAAGGAAUAAAUUUGGUUAGAAAACAAGGGAGAGAAGAUGGGCAAAUAAGCGAUGAACUUGAAGAGACUGCUACGACACAUUCAGUCUUUAUCAUCGGAGCCGUCUUGUGUGAACUGGGAAUGGGACCAUUUAAUCUCAACAACAGGAGCAGGCAGUGGCAUUUGUUUUUUUAUUGUUUGGUCUUUCUUUUACCCUUGAAUGUGCUACAGCAGCUCUUACUGUUGGAAAACAGAAGUGUCUCGGCCUUCUAAAGAAAAAAGUAGACCUUUUGACAGUGAAAAGAAUAUUCUGUUUAAAAUAUGUUCUUUGAGUGUAGAAAGCAAAGCAUAGCAACAUAUUUAUUUAUUUAAUUUUUAAAGGGUGUUGAAGAUCUGGUUUUGAUCAGUCAACGUGUCUUUAAAAACAGCAAAGCCAAUGUAACUUUUAUGUCUAGUUUAUGGAAAGAAUAAACCCUCCUCACUCUGUGUAACAUUCAGAUACCGUAAAGACGAAUGUGGGUUUCAGACCAGGUGACGGUGAAAUGCCUCCAUUCCAGUACUUAUUUUUAAAGGCAUUUUGAGAAGGUAGGUUAUGUAUCAUGUUAACUUGUGAAUAUUGUUGUAAAGCUUUUCCUAUGAGAAAUCAGGUGUAUGAUUCUUUGGAAGUGCUUGUAGCACAAGAUCUAAUAUUUUAAGGGAAGAAAUCAUGGUUCCUUGCUUGAGAGCUAUAAUGGGUGGUGUCUGCAGACAGGUGGAAUUUCAGAAAGAGCUUAAUUUCACAAUGGUUAUUUCUUUACCCUGCCUAAUUUGGAAAACCUUCCUAGUUAGGGGAGCGUCCUGGCCUUGGUCACACACUGCAGCACACGCAGAACUGAAGUCUGAAUCCUGCACUCUCUUUGGCUUCUUUAGGUGAAGGAUUGUUCUGUGAGUAUGUAUUUGUGAUCUGCCAAGUCUGCACUAAUUUCAUGGCAGUUAUAUUUCUGUGAAUCUCUAUUGCCUUCUUUUCAGACACCCUUUAGCUUUAAAGGACAUUUGAGUGCUUAAGGAAUCUAGCCCAUAUUCACGGGCUUUUUGAUUGAACGUUUAGGGUUUUUAUUUCUGGGGAGAGAGAGCUUCUAACUUUAAUGUUCGUUGCUAUUGGAGCUGAGAAGGAUGUUAGUCCCCUACAGCACUUCUUCGGUGCGCAGGGUAUUUGCCCUUUCUAGGUAACGGGACGUAUUCAGAGCAGCCAACUUCAGCCUCGUGAGAUGUUUCUGCCUUGUAUUUCUUUUGUUGAUCUGUAGAGGGACGGGCUGCUUCAGUGAGGCUUUUGAAGUGGCUUAAGUAGGCUCCUGCUCCAGAUUUUGUUUUGGAAACCUAUCCUAUCCUGCAAUCCUUGCACAAGGAGCUUAGGGGGAUUAGUGUCCCCAGGCUGAAGUUAGUCUUUGGCCAAUCUCCUCCCCUAGCCUGCAGUCUUAAAGCCCUGUGCGUCUGCCCUGGUAUGGUUACAGCAUCCUUUUGGUUUGUAUGCUGAUACUGGCCAACUUCAGGGUAGCUUUUUGCUAAUGGGUGUUGAAAAUAACCCUGAAUGAAAAGAAUUAAUGUUAAGUGUUGCUGGUGUCUGGCUAAAUUAAGCCUUUGAAUUAAUUCUCAAAAACCCUCUCUCUGGAAAAGUGCUCGCAUAAGCCUAAGGAACAUGGUGACUUCUCAGCUCAAGAAAGCAGUAGGCUGGAAAAGUUCAUGUGAGAUUUUGGAACGUGUCUUGCUUCUGGCUGGUGUCCUUCUCAUUCUCAAAUUUAUGUGCAGGGGACAAAUUGUGUGCAAUUGUAAAAUUACAAAAUACACUACAGUCUCUUUAAGCAGCUGCUGUGCCAUUUAGCUGAUCUGGCAGUUCAUCUUCAGAACAGCCUGCAGAUGCCUUUCCUACAGACUUGAGGGUGUCUUGGGGGCGAAACUGUGCAGAUAUUUCUUGGGUCAAUUUAUGGUACAGAAGGCUAAUGGGAGAUACAAAGCACUUCGUCUACUGGUCCAUACUACAGUGAAUGUCUGAAACACUAAUCUUGCUUGAAAGCAGUGCUAUUUUUUGGUAUUUUUUACAAAAAAAAAAAUUACAAGAAGGAUUUUAUUUUUCUUAACAUUUUGUGUGACAAAUGUCUCUUUUUAAGCUCUUACUGGGGGUGUUUAACCUUUCAGAAAUUCCAAACAUAGCUCUUGCUAUGAUGUCUGUAAGGCCUGAUGUGUUUACUUUAUGUUAUUUAUUAGGCUUGGUAAUGUUCAAGUGAUUUUCUCUUGGGAAGUCAGAGCAUUCUGAAUAUUGCAGAUAUGAUGUAGUGUGAGUGUACCUACGUGCUUCUCUAGUUCUGUGUCCGUGGCAGCUUUCCGGCUGGAGGAGAUGGCGUGGUGGUGCCAGGACACCUUCACAACCAUGUGAAGCAGCAGUUAGUGAGCGUUAGUUGCCACAUGAGACGGAUUGCUGUGACGAACCGGUAUGCUGAAUAGCACAGAACAUGUGAAGUUACUUUCUGCUCCCAGUGUACAGUGAAUCUAUGGCAAACGGGGGAGUUUUUCAGAGCAGAUGUCUCAGACCUGUGUGUUCAGGACGUGUAGUGCAUGAGACAUGGCAACCCUUGGGUAACGCUGUCCGUUUGCUUUCAGUUUUCCAUCAUCUUCCCCCUGCCAUUAUCUUUGUGUAGCAAAACCAUUUGCACUUACGAUACACUCCUAUAUGUUGGAUGUAUUCACAAUGUUGUUCUGAGAAAAAGAAAAAAGAAAAAAAAAAUUCCCUAUUCUGUUCUAUUCCUGAGCGGCGAGCUCAGGUCCUUGCUGCCCCGCGUGGGCUCUCACUGCUCGGGAGUGGGGAAUCGUGAAGCUGGAAGGCCAGCUGUGCUUGGCGCAGGAGACUUUGGUAAUUAACGGGCAAACAAAAAGGGAAAUCACACACGAAUUUGCCAAAGUCAUUCACCCACCCGCUGUUUCUCCUGAGGUACUGAGUGCACGGGGGCUUUCUGUGCGCGGCCCUCGCAGGCACCUCGCACGGCCUCGCGCCGGGUGCUUUGAGGACUCCUCGGUCACUUUGCUUUGUAAACGGACUGGAUGAAAGAGCUUCACCUUCCUUGGUUGGACUGUGUCUCACUCUGGCGUCGCUUUUCCUUUUUAACCCGAUCACGUUGCCACAGAACGUGGUGCUAGGUGCCGUUAGCUGGCUGGCCCCGAGGGCUGCGGCCAGAAGCGAGGCCCAGUGGGUGCACAACGCAGAUACCUGCAGGCUCCGUCUCCAUUUCCAUGUACUAUCUGUAACGAUGACCUUUGUAGAGUCGUUAUUUCUGUAGACUUUGUUUAUCUGUACCAAACUUUGUAGAUUCUGUGAAAUGUUAUUUUAACGAAAUCACUUGAGUCUUUACUAGCAACGCAUCACUAUUCACUGAAGUCAAUAGUAAGAGUUUUUGGAAGCUGACUAGAAGCUCUCGACACUAACGAAGUAGUGUUCAAUUUCCCUGGCGAUGUUCCACUGGGGCAUUACUGUAUUAUGACUUGAUGUUGCCGCAUAGACUUUGAGAUAUACGAUAUUUUGGGGGGUUUUGUUGUUCGGCCUACGUUCUCUUGCAUAGUGUGAAACCUGUAAAGCUUGGUUAACCUGUACAUAGAUAGCUUACUGUCCACUAGGUAUAGUGUACUUAGAAUUGCCUGUAAUAUUUUAGCUUCUUACUGAAUGUGUGUGAUGGUAGGACCAUAUAAUUUUUGUACAUUCUAUUUACUGAGAUGUUGCCUUUUUUUAUUUUACAAAUACUUUGGAAUUCAGAUGUGGUUUUUGCUUCCGUGAGGAUUCAUUUGGAAAGGUUUUUAACGACAUUCCACUGAUCUGAAAUUUUGCUUGAGGUUGACUUCAAUAAAUCGUUCUGA